AUGAGCUCCUCCCUCGAGGCUAAGAUUGUCGUGCUCGGCGCUCAAGGCGUCGGCAAAACCUCCCUCGUCCAGCGCUACGUCCGCAACGCCUUCGACCCCUCCACCACCACCUCCACCGUCGGCGCGUCCUUCGUCACAAAGCGCGUCCUCGACACAACAUCCGACACCACCGUCCGCCUGCAAAUCUGGGACACCGCCGGCCAGGAGCGCUUUCGCUCCAUAUCCCGCCUGUACUACCGCGGCGCCCACGCCUGCCUCCUCUGCUAUGACAUCACCGACGAAAACAGUUUCCAGGAGAUGGCCGGCUGGCUGCGCGAGCUUAGACGGAACGUCGGCGGAGGCGGGACCGAAGGCGAUACCGAUCCGCUGGUGAUUCACGUCGUUGGGACAAAGAGCGAUAUCGUCGCGCUGGAUCCGGCCAAGAGGCGUGUCCCGUUUGAACGGACCAUCGCGUAUGUCGCCGAGCAGUUGUAUCCCAGUCGUGCCUCGACGCCGCCGCCCACCGCGGGCAUGGGACUGGGGUUCGGGACUGUAGUUUUCGGUGGAACUGGGACGAGUGGUGCGUCUGGUGCCAGUGCGGCGGCGGUUAGUCCCGGCGUGGUGCAGAGCCCGGAUAGUAAACGGAGUUCUGCGUUUUGGGGCCAGGAGAUUGGGUGGGAUUGUUGUCAUGAGAUUAGUGCCAAGGAUGGGGAGGGGAUUGAUGAGGUUUUCCGGGUUAUUACGCGGAAGUUGGUUGAGCAGCGGAAUCGGCGUGAUGCUGAGUUCACUUUGUCGGCGGUUGGGACGCCUGGGAUUGAUGUGCCCAUCGGUCCGUUCACGCCUGGUGGGUUGGAUGGAAAUGGCAGUUUUAGACUGGGAUAUGGGGAUAAGAGACGCAGUUGGUUAGGAUUGGCGACGCCGACUGUGGGGGAGGCGGAGGAAGUGCAAGUUAUGGAUACUGCGAAGAAACGUGGACGGUGUUGUUGA